GAGGACCAUAUCCGAGGAUAACCCAAGGGCUGGACUGACUGGAAAAAGCCACAGGGCCUAGCGGCACAUUACCCAAAGGUCAUCAUGGCGUGCCUGCAUGAGACCCGCACACCUUCCCCAUCCUUUGGCAGCUUCAACACUAUCCUCACAGAGAGCUCCCUCCGCAAGCUGGACCCGGAUGCCUCCGACUGCACCCCUGAAAAGGACCUGACGCCCACGCAAUGCGUACUGCGGGAUGUGUUGCCCAUUGACGGUGGCGGAGGGGGUGGCGGGGGGCACAGCCCCACACCCAGCGAGGAGACGCACGACCAGUUUGCCAACAGCGUGCUGCAGCUACACGAGAAUGAAGCUGGUGGGGGAGGUGGAGCUGGCGCAGGAGCUGGCGCGGGGAGUCCGGAGGUGCGGGCUACCCGUUACCAUGCUGAUCAAGUCAGGAUCCACUGCCAAACGGGGAGUGGCUUUCUGGAAGGGCUAUUUGGCUGCCUCAAGCCUGUUUGGACCAUGAUCGGCAAAGCAUAUUCUACUGAACACAAGCAACAGCAAGAAGACCCUUGGGAGGUGCCCUUCGAGGAGAUCAUGGACCUGCAGUGGGUAGGCAGUGGAGCCCAAGGGGCCGUCUUCCUGGGGCGCUUCCAUGGAGAGGAGGUGGCCGUCAAGAAGGUACGAGACCUCAAGGAGACCGAUAUCAAACACCUGCGGAAGUUGAAGCAUCCCAACAUCAUCACCUUCAAGGGUGUGUGCACACAGGCUCCUUGUUAUUGCAUCAUCAUGGAAUUUUGCGCCCAGGGCCAGUUGUACGAGGUGCUGCGUGCCGGGCGGAAGGUCACUCCGUCACUCUUGGUCGACUGGUCCAUGGGCAUUGCUGGAGGAAUGAAUUAUCUGCACCUGCAUAAGAUCAUCCAUCGUGAUCUGAAGUCCCCCAACAUGCUGAUCACAUACGACGAUGUGGUGAAGAUCUCCGACUUUGGCACCUCCAAAGAGCUAAGUGACAAGAGCACCAAGAUGUCUUUUGCCGGCACCGUGGCCUGGAUGGCACCAGAAGUCAUCCGCAAUGAACCCGUCUCUGAGAAAGUGGACAUUUGGUCCUUUGGAGUUGUUCUCUGGGAGCUGCUGACGGGAGAGAUCCCUUACAAGGAUGUGGAUUCCUCAGCCAUAAUCUGGGGCGUAGGCAGUAACAGCCUUCACCUGCCGGUGCCAACCAGCUGCCCUGACGGUUUCAAGAUCCUGCUAAGACAGUGCUGGAAUAGCAAACCCCGGAACCGUCCAUCCUUCCGACAGAUCCUACUGCACCUUGACAUUGCAUCUGCAGAUGUGCUGUCCACACCGCAAGAGACCUACUUCAAAUCCCAGGCUGAGUGGCGGGAAGAGGUGAAGCUGCAUUUUGAAAAGAUCAAGUCGGAGGGGACGUGUCUGCACCGCUUGGAGGAGGAGCUGAUCCACCGGCGGCGAGAAGAGCUCAGGCAUGCUUUGGACAUUCGGGAGCAUUAUGAGCGCAAGCUGGAGCGGGCGAACAACCUCUACAUGGAGCUCAACUCCCUCAUGCUACAACUGGAGCUUAAAGAGAAGGAGCUUCUCCGGCGGGAGCAGGCUCUGGAGAAGAAGUACCCAGGACUCUUUAAGCAUCAUCCAUCUCGCAGCCUCCUUCAUGGCAACACAGUGGAGAAGCUGAUCAAGAAGAGAAAUGUGCCCCAGAAAUUGUCUCCACACAGCAAGAGGCCUGACAUUCUGAAGACCGAGGUGAUCAUGGACCCAACGCUGCCCCAACUUGCCAUCCCCGUAUGCCAGAAAGGCCCCCCGUCUCCCGGGCGCAGUCGCCGUGCCAAGUCACGCUACCGCAAAGUUAGCACCCGGGGAAGCUGUGGGGAACUGGCCGAACCCCCAGGAGCCAAGCGCCUGGAGCCGUGCGCCGCCCUGCGGGGGCUUCAGCACGACCUCCUGCUACGCAAGAUGUCGUCUUCCAGCCCCGACCUCAUCUCCACCACUUUGGGAGCUGAGGGGCGCAAAGGGGCAGCCGGGCCUGAAUCACCGCCAGCCGAGCAGCCCCGCAGCGAGACCCCCAGCGAGGACACUGCCUCUGUGCCCUGCUCCAGCAGCCCCGAGUCGCCGUCUUCCCGCCAGGGUGCUGUGGGUCCACCAGGAAAGGCGAGGCUGCAGCCGGGAGAGGAGGCUGAGCGGGAGCAGGGCAGGAAUAGCCGGGCAGGGACCACACAGCAAUCUCAGCAUCUCACACCGGCAGCCAUGUUGUAUCGGGCAGCCGUCACCCGGAGCCAGAAGCGUGGGGUCUCCUCUGAGGAGGAGGAAGGAGAAGUGGACAGUGAGGUAGAAAUGCCACUCCGGCAAAGGUGGCCUCAAGCCAUGAGUAAGCGGCAGUCGCUCUCCACCUUCAGCUCCGAGAACUUCUCCGACGGGGAUGGCGAGGAAGGUACCGCCAGCGAGGGCACCACCGCCUCCCACAGUGGAGGCACGCCGGAUGUGGCCAGCACCAACACAGAUGAGCGCCUGGACGCCGAACGCUCGGAUGACGACCUCCUGGGGCAUUCCGACGGGCUGUCCGAAAAGGAGGCAGCUAUUCGGCUCGUCAAACACCAGCUCGGUGCUGACCAGAAUGCUGGGGAGGAUCCUGCUGCCUACGAAGAUUCAGACUGCGACAGCGCCGAAUUAGACCAUUCCGGCAGCGGGGAGGUGCAGAGACUGCCGGACAUGCCCAGUUUGUGAUGCCACCUGCUUAGCCUUCCUUGCCCCCAAGCGCCAGGUUGUACA